AGAGUAAACAGUAAACGGUUUACCCGCUCUCCUGCCUAGCGACUGGACAGGAAACAACAGGCCUUCCGGGGUGGGGAUUUAGGUUCCAGGUCUCAGUACUUGAUCGGAGGGAAGGAGGGAGCCGCCUGGUUGCUUAAUCGGUUUGCCUCAGCCCUAGAUCCUCGUUCUUGGUGUAUCCACCGUUUCUCCUUGUUUCGCAUCCUUGAGGCCAGCAUAGGGCUCAGCACGACUUGAUCGACUAGAUAGUGCAGCCUCAACCAGUUUCUGGCGCCCUCCAUUUCAAAUUUUAGCUUAUUUGCCUGUUGUUCCUGGGGCCCGCUUCUUGAGAGUACGAGCAUGAGGCUGACAAGGGGGAAGCUAGUUCAGCUUGCCUCAGGGCAGCAGGCUUAUAUGCUGGAAACUCAGGUGUCACUCUGGGAUAGCAUCGCGGCCCUUAGGCUAGCUACAGGGCAAACAUUCAACCUCUACAAUAGCGAUAAGGCUUCAACAGCAGAGCCUGGAAGCCCAAAACUCCCUUCAUCCCCUAGCUCGCUUUCUUCCCUGGCCUCCUGUAUCAGCGAUGACGGCGCCGACUCUACCCAGGAUGGGGGCUUGCUGAUCCUGUCAGAUCCUGAUGAGGACGACGUCUUGACGGGCUAUGUAGAAGGCGAUGAGGCAGUUUUUCCUCCUAUCGAACUGAAUGAGAGGAAUGAAGAUCCAGCCCACCCACCCAGCUCAGCACCUCCAAAGAAGAAAGGGAAAAACGCAGCGCGUCGAGAGAAACAACGUGAGGGCAAGAAGGCUUUUAAUGAAGCCCACCUGGAGCAAAAGCGUUCGAAGGAUGGAUCCCGCUCCCAGGCAAGAUUGGAGAGAAGAUUACGUCGACAAGCAACAAGCUUCCUAGCCCGUACUCUGUUUUCAAGCCAUGAAACAGCAGCCAGCGGUAUCUCAGGGCCCAGGCGAAAGAAGUUAAAGAAGGAUGAAGCUUUAGUUCGAAAUCUGGAAACCCGUUCCCAAUGGCUGCAACGCCUACAGCCUGUUCCAUACCAGCCUAAUCUCAAGGGCCCAACGCUCAUUUCUGACAGGGAGCGAAGACUCCUGAUGCUCCGGACAUUCCCCCACUCAGUAACUAGUACAGACGCCUUUCAGAUUAGGCUACUGCAUCAAAUAGAUGGGCUUUUUAGCCGCUCUGCAGGUGUUUCAUACCAGGGAAAACGAGGCCCAUUUGGUACAGUACACAUAGGAUUUAACAGAGCUAAUGGGAACAACCAGAAUUAUCCGUUCCUCACGGCUUAUCACCAGCAGAACCAAACCCUAGUCGACCAGUUCCUGAAUUCACAGGAAUUUCAACUCAUCAGCUCGCACCUCACAGAGAUGCUCCUCAUGUAUUACCCAGGUGUAUUCCAAAAGUACAAACAGGUUCAGCAGUUUUGGGAGGCCUAUGAGCCUCUUCAGGUGAAAACCGUAGCCUCCUUGUUCUUUAGCGUUGCCAUCAAUGCACCCCUCAAGGACUCAGAGGUGGAACAUGUGUAUACGUGGCCUCAUAAGGACCACCAUAACAUAGCAGCAGGAGUUUGUGCUGUAUACGUUUAUGGUAAGUGCCAAACACACUUCAUAGCACUGUUCCCUCUGAAGAACGUUUCAGGGUUCUUUGCACAUGCUGAAUGUGCAUGGCUGGUCAAUUUGGAAGGGCGAGUAAUCUUGCAGAUACCACCUGGAUCCUUUGUCAUCUUCCCCUCCGCUCUGAUAACCCAUUUCAAUGUGGAUCUCCAAGAAUUUUCGAAGCAUUUGGUGGUUACAAAGAAUUUCGAGACCCCAAAUGAGUUCAACACCCAGCCAUUGAGGCAUAUAGGCACUGGGCGAGGAUCAAUGGUAUUCUUCAAUCCAGCCUCAUUCUGGUCAGAGCUUAUCUCAGGCCACCGUACUCUGAAGGAAGCACGGGAAUCAGGAUCAAAAACAACAGUAGACUUCAGAGCAGAGGUUGAAGAACACUUCCCCCCUCUUUUCUGAUUCCAAAUAUAGGGUAUGGAUAUGGCAUUUGGGGAAAUACUUAGGAAUAAGUGUUGUUGCCUUGAUUUCUUAAUGAAUAGAACGUUAUCUUAUGUAGUAAAGGAUUUUGAUAUUUCACUUGUGUUGUGCUGCAAGUGGGAGCAAAAGGAGACUCUCUAGGCCCAAGAGGGGAAAAGAAGGCUAUAAGAGGGGAUGCUCUGUUGGAUGAACAAGCCAUGAUGACCACAUGUAUU